UGCGAGCCAAGCUAAACAGAACUAUUCUAUUACUUUUACGCCGGACGAGAAAAACCCGUCUGCGGCGCUUUAGACUCCUUUCUUGAGAAGGGAAGCAUCACGUCGGGCGGCGGACGGUUCCAGCGCCCGGAAACUCGCCUCUUCCUGCCUGAACGCAAGGCGACCUUCCCGCUGAUGGGCGCGAAGGGCGUCCUGCCCCUUUGACCCGCGCCUCCCGAGCCGAGCAGGGAAGAACUCAGGAAGAUGAUGGGUAACUCGGAGAGCAUGGAAUCUACCCAACUCGCCCUUCCAAAGCACAUUCUGGACAUUUGGGCCAUUAUCUUAAUCAUCCUGGGCACCAUUGUCAUCAUGACUUUACUAGUAUUGUGCCCAGCAACAACGGUGAUUAUUUAUAGGGUCUGGACACAUCCUAUGCACCAUAAUGGUGCUGAGUGAGAUUGGGCCUCCGUGUCACUGUUUGGACUCUGCUUUUGAGGAACACAGGCUAAAUGCAACAGGAAAAGCAGCCAAUUUAUCUGGCAGUUUUCAAGAUUAGGUUGAGUCCUGAGCAGGCAUUGCUAAAUUGUCAGCAAGGAUAUGGUAGCAACACAUCUGCUGUCAACAUGCGAUAAGAAUGCUACAGCUCACAAAAAAUAUCUUCAAGCCUGCUUAUCUAUUUGGCCGAUGUCCACAGAACAUUACAUCCUGGACUUUAUCCCCACUUGUGGAAUCAGCUAAACUGCUACAGAAUUCCAGAUCAUUCCAGUUUUGGUUGCUAGUGUGACUCUUCCAUGUUUACUUACCAAACUAUUCCAAAGGAACGAGGAGAUGACAGAAACAAAGUGCUGAAAAGGAGACUUAAGUAAAAUUUAAAUAGGGGCUGCUUUGCCUAAGCAACUUGAUGAUCCAAACAAUCUUCAUUCCACACAAAUCAGAUGAGAUGGAGAGCUUGAGGUCUCAGCUGAUAUAUUUGUGGUCCUUCUUUUCUCCCGGCACCCUCUGUUUCAAGCAGCAGCAGCUAAAGAGUAUUAAAAGUGAGAAAUGAGAAGUCAGCACAUAAGUGACUGGUGGAAAUCAUAUUUGGUAUCUAGUGCAGUUGAACAGUACAUUCAUAAUGGGAGGUUUAUUUUAAAGAAAUUGAAUGAACAUAAUAUAGAGAAAGUGAAAGGGGAGCCUAAGAUUUUGUAAAAAAAAUAUUUUACUGUAAGGGAUUUGUGUAGGAUGCCAUGAGAAAAGGAAAAUAAAAAACUUUUCAUUUGUGAAACUAGAUUUUAUGAUAGGAAGGUCUAUCUCAAAAAAUAUUUUACAGUCAUUGUGCUAUACAAAUAGUAUUAUGGUGGAGUUUUUUUAAUUAUUAUUUUAGGAGAUUGAUUCCGGUCAUCAAACCUUUUAAAAUAUGUUCUCUUUUUAGUAAUUGGCUUCUUAGAAGGACCACAGUAGCUUCCUCAAUUUGAUGGUUGGAACAAAAUUAUUCAGAUUUCUUGGGAACAGCCAAUCUAUACAUUUCAUUUAUCUGGCUGUGCAUUUUCAAUGACCAGUCAAUUUAAUGGCCUCCCCCCCACCCAUAGUUACUACUGGUAUCAGGAAUGAGCAUAUUCGAGUCUCACUUGUUUUCCAUUCCUUUGCACAGUAGAGCAUGGAGUCUCUCAUUCAGAUGGGUUGUUAGACCUCUAAGAUCUACAGUGAACAGAAACAUUUAGCAGAGAUUUUGAUUCAUGUCUUAAAGGAAAUAUUUUUGUAGGUGAAAAAUACUAAUAGUGUAGUGUUUAAGAAAUGACACAAUCAGUAUUCAUAUACAUACCAACUGACACCAAAUUCAUUUCCAGUCAGCAUAUCAUAAGAAAAUGGUUAUAUUAAAUUACAGUAUUGUACAAUGUCAUGUAAUAAACUGUUAUUGGGGCCUGUCUCUGAA